AAAUCAUUUCUUUGUUUCUCUUGACUUUCUUUGUUUCUUCACUCUCUCUCUCUCUCUCUCUCUCUUUGUUCAACAAAUUUCUCUUCUCUGAUCAAACUUUCCGCUGAAUUAAGCCCUAAGAUCGAGACCCACAUCGAUCAAAAACCCUAAUCGAGAUCGAUCAAUCAUGAAGCGGAAGCGAGCCUCUGCUAUGGCUUCCUCCUCAUCGUCGUCUACCGUGAAACCCUCACGCUUCCCUGAAGAAGAAUCAGUCCGGUGUUGGGAGAGCGAAACGGCGUCGUCAAACAGAACCCGACCCCAAAUCCAAUCCAGAUCAAGAAAAGGAUCGAAAACAAGAAACAUCAAUGAUGUCUUAAAAGAUGAAAGAUCCAAGAUUUCUGGGAUCAACCGGAUUUUGGGGACACCCAUUCCCGUGAGCAAUAACCUGACAUGGAGGCUUUUGAAAUCUCACAUGCGAAUUGAAUCUUAUUACUGCACCAAGCUCCACUCCGCUCUCAAUGCCAUCCACGAGUGUUUCGAGCCUUCCAAAGACCCCUACACCAACAGAGAUAUUGCUGAGGACAUUGUCUUCGACUUGGAAUCCGAUUCCGAGUUGAACUUGAGAGGGUUUUACACUGUGGUUUUGGAGAGGAGAGAUGAUGUUGAUGGUCAUGAGGAGAUGAUCGGUGCCGCCACGGUGAGGAUCAAUAAGGGAGUGGCUGAAGUGCCACUCGUGGCGACUAGGCCUCAGUUUAGGAGACUUGGGAUGUGCAGGAUUUUGAUGAAUGAGCUCGAAAAUCGGCUCAUGGAAUUCGGCAUUGAGAGCGCCUCAUUUUGGUCACCUUCUGGGUUCCUCUUUGGCUGUUUGAGUCAAAACUCCAACUCCUCUUUUCUCAAUAGUGAACUUGAUAUUUGUUUAGGCGGAAUGUGUUCACGAGUCUUUGUAGAAUUGACAUUCACAAUGAAUGUGUUCAUGAAGUCUUUGUAGAAUUGACACUCACAAUGGUAGGGAUGUUGCGUAUGUGUUCCAUUGCACCCAUAUUUUGAACAAGAAUGUGAGCAAGUCCUUUUUAUGUUCAUUGGACACUCGGAUUUGAGAUAGUUUGUGACAUGCCACUGUUCAUGCCUAAUGCUGCAUUACUUUCACAUCAUUUCUGAUAGACCAUUGACACAGUACUACCUUAGGUUCACUUACCAAAAGCUAGUCGGUAAGAGUCUGCUUUACAUCUUAGUACUUAAAACAGCACUUACUAGAAAACAAUAGAAACCUUUGUUUUCACAAGUUGAUAAGCUGUAGUUCGUUUCGGUUAAAUAGAUCAAUCCCUUUGGUUCUUUGAGUCAAAAAUCCAACUCUUUUCUUAGUAGAUAUGAGAUUUUGUAGUGGAUUUUAUUGGUUUUAUUGGUUUUAUUUUUAUUUUUUUGUUCUUGAAAGUUCAGUGCUCAAUAAUUCCUCUGAAUUUGCCCUGUUUAAUUAGUGUUUGGACUCCUUAGUGUUUUAGUUUUCCUAUUUAUAUAGUAAAUCCAAAACAACAAAACAAAAGGCCCAUUUGGUGGAUUUUACUAAUGAUGUUAUUAAUGAUGCUACUGACAUGGUGAUUGCAAUCAUGUAAUUACUUAACCUGUUUAUGGGCAUGUCCAUUUGAGUAAGUGCAUACCCUUAUUUCAGCAUGCACCCUGUCAAAGAAACACCAAUAAUGUUGCUACUGUCAUCAUAGGUGUAUUAAGUCUGUCCAUUGUAGAUUUUAAGCCCCUGUUGUCAUUUGAUAAAUUGUGUUGUCAGAAUGUGCAAAAGUGAAUUGAUGCCCUUAUUUCAGCAUGCACCCUGUCAAAGAAACACCAAUAAUGUUGCUACUGUCAUCAUAGGUGUAUUAAGUCUGUCCAUUGUAGAUUUUGAGCCCUUGUUGUUAUUUGAUAAAUUGUGUUGUCAGAAUGUGCUAAAGUGAAUUGGUAGGCGUUUUGUAAAUGACCUCUGAAAGUUAAGAAACUAUUGAGUAAAUAGUGAUACAUGAGUUCUUGAAAAUCAUAUGUUCAAAUAAAUGUUACCUGGGCUCCUAUCUUGAGCAUAUUCAGUGCACCGAUUCAGAUAUUGAGGUAUAUAUUCUUUGUUAAUCUGCAGGAAUUGACUCCUAAUAACUUGAAGAAAGUCAGCAUCAUGGGUACGUCCUAAAUUUAGAGUACUGUAAACUUCAGAUCUUUUGGUUCCUAAGCAUUCUGUCCUUUAUUUUCAUCGAGUUUGCCACCCACAUUUUACGAGUGAAGCUAUCCUGUCCAAAUUUGUUGUGUAGCUUGUGAAGAGAUGGGAUGUAAUAAUGUAGGAUCAUGGGAAGCAACUGCCGUUGGUUAGCUUGCCUAAUUCUAGUGUUUUCUAUUCUGAUUGUCUUAUCUUAAUGUUGUGUAUAAGACUCUUAGACUGGCUUAAAUUUAUUAUGUUAUUUGCUGAAUUAUAGCUAGAGUUCCUCAGUCUCAGCUUACGUUUUCUUACUGUUCUUAAACCUCUCUUGUUUUCAAUCUUGACAGGAUAUAUGAAAUCCUUGUAAGCAUAAGAGCUGCCUUCAAGCCUUCUGGAUGUCUUCUUGUCAAGUUAUAUCUCUGCUGUCGUGCAAAGGGUUUUACUGUUGAGGAUUAACUUGUUUACUGUUGAGCAUUAACUACUUGUAUUUAUAUAAGCUCUAUGCGCCCCAAAUUCUUUAACAUUACUGGCAUUCUUUGGAUGCUACAGAUGGCUUGAUUCCUUGAUGAAUUUCAAUAUUGUAAAUGUUUUGUUC